UAACCGUCACGGUCGUAGCAAACAGUGGACAUGGUGAUCCCAAUCUCACAGUGGAUCGACAACAUCCCACGUGGGAUCGCAAGCAAGCUCAAUUUCGACGGUGACUCCAUGGCCCCAUUCGUCACCGACUACGGCGGCAUCAACCGCGCUGCGCCUCCGACGGCUAUUUUCUGCCCCUCGUCGGCAGAGGACAUCGCGGCGCUCCUCCGCUUUGCGUACGACUCUGACUCGCCGUUCCCCGUAGCUGCCUGGGGCAACGGAGGCUCCACCCGUGGGCAGGCCUUCGCGCCCGGCGGCGUGGUCAUCAACAUGGCGGCGCUCCGCGUCGGAGGGCGGAGGAUCAGUGUGUCGGUGGAUGGGAUGUACGUCGACGUCGGGGGCGAGCAGCUGUGGAUCAGCGUGCUGGAGGAGACAUUGCGGCACGGGCUGUCGCUGCGAUCAUGUGUGGACUACUUAUACUUGACGGUCGGAGGCACGCUUUCGAAUGGCGGUAUUGGCGGCAUGGUUUUCCGGCACGGCCCGCAUGUUUGUAGCGUCCUCGAGUUGGACGUCAUAACCGGAAAAGGAGAGAUGAUAACUUGCUCCCCGGAGUUGAACUCGGACUUAUUCUACGGAGUCCUCGGCGGCCUCGGCCAGUUGGGCGUCAUCACCCGAGCCCGGAUCGGUCUCCGCUCAGCGCCGGCGAGGGUUCGGUGGCUGAGGCUAUUCUACACCGACUUCCAUAGCUUCACAAGGGACCAAGAGUUCCUGAUCUCGUUGUCACACCCCGACGGUUUCGACUACAUCGAGGGGCAGGCCCUCCUGAAUCACCAGAAAGUCGACGACCCGACCUUCUACUCGAACGAAGACACCGAGAGAAUCAAUCGGCUCGCUGCCGAGUUUGACAGAAUGUACUUCUUGGAAGGGGCCGUGUUCUUCGACUCGGCCUCUGAGGCAGAUCAGAAAGUUAAAGGCUUGCUGAAGCAGCUAAGCUUCAACCCUGGCUUUGCCAUCAGCAAAGAUGUGAACCAUCUGGACUUCCUGAAUAGAGUCCACAUCGAGAUGACACAUAGACAAAGCUCCAUGACUGGCGACGACUCUUGUACUACAUGUUUCCAUCCAUGGAUCCAUAUCUUGGUGCCCAUGUCGAGAAUCCGAGACAUCCACGAUGGGGUCUUGAAAGGGAUCCUUCAAAAUACUAUCCCCAAGGGCGUUAUAUUAUUCUACCCCAUGAACAAGAACAGGUGGAACGAUAUCAUGACUGGUGUAGCUCCUGAUGAGGAGGUCUUUUACACUGUGGAGUCUCUUUGGACUGCCAGUACCGAGGAGGAGUGGAAGAGCUUUGAUGCCCGUAACAAUGAAAUAUUAGAGUUCUGCGAUCGACAAGGGAUCAAAUUCAAGAAGUAUUGGCCUCAUUAUACUACGCAAGCCGAUUGGGAGAGACACUUCGGACUAACUAAGUGGAAAAAGUUUGUCCAGUUGAAGCAGAGAUAUGACCCAAAGGCAGUGUUGUCGCCGGGGCAACAGAUAUUCAAAGUAAUUGAACAUCAAGCUACGCACGUAAGCAGGCAUGCGUAG